AUGCGACGCAAGGAGACCAAGGUGUUGUUGACGCUCGAAGAGGUGCGCGAGGCCUUCGAGCAGCAGACGCCGCUGGCCGUCAAGGACGCGCUGGGUGUCAUUCAUGAGGCGCAGUUCAUCAUGAACCUGGAGCCGAACCUUGUGGCCGUGCGGCAAAGAGCUUCAACAUAUGUUUUUGGAGAUAUCCAUGGCCAGUUCUACGACCUGAUGCAGCUGAUGGACGCCGUUGGCGUUGCCGACUUGGCCGAGCGUGAUGUCCAGCUGGUGUUUCUGGGAGACUACGUGGACCGCGGGGCCUUCUCGUGCGAAGUGAUGCUCUAUCUGCUACUGCUCAAGAUCCGAUUUUCCGACAAAGUUGUUCUCCUCCGUGGCAAUCACGAGUGCGAAUCGAUUUCAUCCUUCUACGGAUUUCGCAACGAGUGUAAGGGGAAGUACGGCAUCUCAGCCUACUACCACUUCUUGUCCUGUUUCCAAUCGAUGCCAGUGGCUGCGCUGCUGUCCACGUCGCGUGGGCAAGUUCUGUGUGUGCACGGUGGCCUCUCACCCGAGCUGAAAACAAUCGAAGACAUUCAAACUAUGGACCGACGGCGGGAAAUCCCUACCACGGGGCUGUUAUGCGACCUUUUAUGGUCGGACCCGAAGACUUCGCACACUCGCGAUGUGGACGCAGAGGUGGACACUCAGCCAGGAUGGGAGCCCAAUCAGGCCCGUGGAUGCUCCUACUACUUCAAUUCGGCGGCAUUGUUCGAGUUUUUAGGCACCAACAAGCUGCUGUCGAUGCUUCGUGCACAUGAGUUCGAGGAUGAAGGCUUCACGUAUCACUUCAACUCGCAGGAGUAUCAAGAGCUGGAUACUCGAGUGGACAAGUCCAUGCCUCCACUCAUUACCGUUUUUUCGGCGCCGAACUACUGCGACAGCUACGGCAACACGGCCGCCUAUUUGCUCUUCCGGAAUGAACCUUUCUCGUGGGAAAUCCAGCAAAUUAACUCCGCGGGACAUCCAGCCCCACCGAUUGCGAGCGCAGAACGAGGAUCCGACAUGUGGCGACUAUUCAAUCAAACGUUGCCAUUCCUCCCAGCAAGCAAGGAAUUCUUUGAGGAAGUUUUGUGGUUAGCAGAAGGACGACGACGUCUUACAAGUGAAAUGCACCCACAAGCUAUCCGAAAGAUGUUGGAUGACGAAGUGAACAAAUGGGAAUUGGUAGAAGAAACGCCAACGCGCAGCUCGGGGCCAGCGUCUCCUCCUCGAAUCCACCGCAGACCUUCUUUGAGUAAUCUGGACGAGACCCAAACGGACGAGCGUCCAAGUCUGCUUACUCCGCAAGAGAUGGACACAAUUAAGCUGAUGUUUUCAUUAAUGGACACGGAUGGCAGCUUGGAACUCAGCUCGACUAAAGUGUCUCAGUUCAUUCUCAAUAUUCUGGGUGAAAAAAUCAGCACUGCGGACGCGGAGGCUUAUUUGGAUGCUUUGGACUACGACCGCAACGGAGUGGUGGAUUUCGCGGAUAUUCUGUCGUGGGUUGCCGUGAUGAAGGCGAAUCGCAACAAGCACGAGUCGAGCCGACUCCUGAGUUGGCCAACUGUACAGAGCGGUGUGCGCAUGUUGACUCGUGGGAUUUUUUCCAGUAAAGUCUUGCUAUGGCUCGCAUUCGGCUGCUUACUACGCGAUAUUAUCGUCCCAAAGCAGCGAAAAGUGAUCAAGUCGUCGUCGAUCCGAGUGCUGGGCUCAGCGUCGCUAGUCCUGUACAUGGUGGGCGUAUUGUCAGGGCGAGAGCGUGGCUGGCUGCGGCUUUUCUCUCUGCAACGCGCUGUCGGAAUUAUGACGCAGCGAUUCGUAUCAAAGUAG